GGUGUCGGUGAUAUUCGAUAUAAUAUGUCAUAGAGAUUUUAAAAAUAAAAUGGCCGGCGAAGUAGAACUUGCUAAAACUGCAGCUCCUGGAGGCGAUACUAUAUUUGGAAAAAUUUUGAGAAAGGAAAUCCCUGCCAAAUUUGUUUAUGAAGAUGAUCAGUGUGUAGCAUUCCACGAUGUGAACCCGCAGGCACCCACACACAUACUAGUUAUUCCCCGAAAACCAAUCACGCAGCUGUCACAGGCAGAAGAUAGCGAUGAGCAACUACUUGGUCAUCUCCUGACAACGGCGCGUAAAGUUGCUGCUCAGGAAGGCCUUGACAAAGCUGGAUUCCGACUUGUCAUCAAUGAUGGCAAAAAUGGUGCACAGAGUGUAUACCAUUUGCAUGUGCAUAUCUUAGGAGGAAGGCAGAUGCACUGGCCCCCUGGAUAAUUGUGUUAAAUAAAGUUUUAUUAAUCUA